CCCAAAAAGAAGUUGGCAAACUGUCUGAAGCACCUCCUCCUCCAAUUAUUCAUCAGAGAACAAAGACAAAGAAUAAAAGUAAAGAUUCCAAGUGAUCUUUUGUGAGCAUUACAAGAUGCUUCAUUCCAUGACUAUUAAUAAUAGAUUUCUGUUCUAUUAGGGUUGAUCAGAAAAGCUUCUUGAAAGAAGAGCAGCAGUUUUUGCUUGUGGUUCCAAUGUCAGGGCCUGAUUUUGAAGCCAAAUGUAUCAACAGCAGUGAUAUUAUAACAAUCUUAGCAGCAGAAGGGGUUCAGUUCCUUUUAUCUGGUGAGGGAAAGGUACCUUUAUCAGCUUGUGAUGGGAAGACAACUUGCCUGUUUUUCUCAGCAAACUGGUGCAGAGCCUGCAGAAACUCUAUCCCCAAACUGGUGGAACUUUAUGAAACGCUGAGAAGAAGAAGUGAAAAGAUAGAGAUUCUGUUGAUUUCCUUUGAUCACAACGAAAAUGAAUUCAGGGAACACUUCAAACACAUGCCAUGGCUUGCAGUUCCAUUUGAUGUGAAUUUGAAUAGAAGACUUAGCAAUAGGUACCAUGUGAAGCAUAUGCCAUCACUGAUUCCUUUGACUUCAGAUGAUCAAAUAUCAAUAGAAGAGGACUUGAUUAGGUUGAUUGAGGACUAUGGCCCUGAAGCAUUUCCUUUCACUAAGAGCAGAAGAGAGGAGUUGAAGGCUUCUGAUGCAGGGAUGCUUGAAGGAGGAAAAUUACAAGAUCUUUUGGCACACAAUGGACGAGAUUAUGUCAUCUCUAAGGAUGGUACAAAGGUGUUGGUAUCAGAACUUGUUGGAAAGACCAUAGGCCUUUACUUCGGAGCACAUUGGUGCCCACCUUGCCAUACCUUCGCUGCACAGCUUUUAGAAGCAUACAAUGAUCAUCAUCAAAUUGCUUCCAAAGAGCAAGACUUCGAAAUCAUCUUCAUCUCAACAGAUCGAGACCUCAAAGAAUUCAAUCUGAGCCUGGAAAGCAUGCCGUGGCUGGCCAUACCAUAUUCAGACAAAACAAGAAACGACCUUUGCAGGAUCUUCAAUAUCAAAGGGAUUCCAUCUUUGGUCCUCAUUGGGGCAGAUGGGAAAAUGGUUGGCACAAAUGGGAGGGCCAUCAUCUGCUCGUAUGGGGCCAAGGCUUUCCCCUUUACAAAGUCGAAGGUGGGAGAGCUGGAAGCAGCAUUGAGAAAGGAAGGAGAUGCAUUGCCAAGGCAAGUGAAGGAUAUAAAGCAUGAACACUUGCUGAAGCUAGACAUGGCCAAAGCAUACCAAUGUGACUCUUGCAAAGUAAGAGGCAGAUUUUGGGCCUUCUCUUGUGAUGUAUGUGACUAUGACCUCCAUCCAGCAUGUAUAGAAGAAGCAUCAUAAACAUUUGUGAGAGGUGUGACCAUUAAUGGAGUCAUAUAUAUAUAUAUAUAGAUUGGCUGCUGCUCAUACAAUUAUGCGGCUUCACUCUUGUAGCUCAUUAUAUAUUAAUUUGGGGAAAAUGUACUUAUACUUUAAUCCUUUGAACUAUCACUCAAUUUGUAAUUAUGUCUCCACACUUUAAAAAGUAAU